AUGGAAAACCUGAAGAACACAGAGUUUCUUUGGACAAGAUGCCAAUUAACUGUGAGAGCUAAAAAGGUAGGUAAAAUACAGGUACAUUAUUUUGUUAAUGCUUGCAGUGCAAUAUUUCUAAUGUGUAGUUUAAGUCGUCCGCUUAGUGAUUUAUUUAGCCUGUCCUGUAACAGAGCUGUGCUUUGGCAGUGCCUGGUGGCCCCCUGUUGCAUUACUGUUGCUCUUGGGUGACAAGGAAGUCUUAGUUUAUUCAAACACAAUUAUCCUGGGUACCUGGAUCUUUCAGGUUAAGGGCACAAGGGUCUUUCAUUUUUUAAGGACACAACACAUGUUUUGCAUGUUUGUUACACAAUUUAUGAUUGUUAUAGAAUGCACGAGUGCCACACCCUACCCCCUUUGACAUUUUUAAUGUUAACAGUGUUGUAACGGCUAACACGCGUUAUUCCCGAAUAUUGAUUCGUUAUUGAUUUAAUUUGUAUUGUAUUACAUUAAACCGCAAGAUGACGUUAUUCCUUGUCCAUUAGGGACGCGAUUACUUAAGUUCCGCUCAAACCGCAUUUUUGUUAGUUGCCUUUGUUUGGGUAAACGAUAAGUCGUGUUCUUCUUUAGUACAGUUUGUCCAGUUUAUCUUGGAAGUUGUUUGGUCAAGCUCUUACAAGCGGGACUGUUAUGUAAGUGUUUAAGUUUCCUUUUUAUACCUAACCUUUUCGAUAAGACUCCUUUAGCUAACCAUAUUACCACGUGGCAUAGGUUGGUUGAUGUUACUUAAAAUGUAACUCACCUUUCACUUGGUUAUUGGUACGUUUUAGAGUUUGUUUUUCAGAAUCUUUUCAGUAGUUUGUCUCUUUUUUUUUUUAUAUAGUUUCAGUUUCUGUUUGUAUUUCGACCUUAUGGUUCUACGGAUCUUUAUAGUUCAUCGAACUGUUUUCGCUUUGUUUUUAGAUGUAUCCUUUUAUAAUCUCGAAUUUUGUACUUGAUAAUUCGUUUUCGAUUAUUUUCUUAAGUCUUGAUUCGUUUACCUUCUUCGGCUUAGACCUACUGUAACUUGCAACUUUGCUAUGGAAUAAUUGGAAUGUAGUUGUAUGUUAGAAAUUAGCUUAGCCUUUUUUUGUAUUUCAUGUUUCAGUUUACGAUAUGGACUUGGAUCCUAUGAUCACGUUGAAUAAACGAUUCAAGACUCCUGUCCGUAAAAUAUUUCCUCGCUUUAUAGUGUGUCGUCGCUUGCGAACUCAAGGUCGUUGUCGUAUAUUGCUUCGCGUGUGUUGGCCGCUAUAAGGGUCCUUGCCAUUUAUAUGCGAGGUUUCAUUGUAGUGUAAAUUGCUCAGAGUAGAGAGCAAGAACCAAAUCUAAAGAUUCAAAAUAGUCAGGGUGACUAUUUUGCCAGACUAAACUGUUGCUGAAGAACAAACUAAAUGUUAAUCAAAUGUUUAUCACAGUAGUCAUGCCACUGUUACUAAAUAUGUUGUUUUGGUGUUCAGAAAUUGACGAAUCGCACAGACGUGUUGGACAAGGCACACCUUUCUCCGGAUGACAAAGCCAAAACAAAGGAUUUAUUAGACCUACACAAUGCUAUCCAGGAGAGUGAAGACAAUGAAGAGGGGGGCAGUGAUCCACCACCCAGGUACAUCAGGCCACUACGCUCAGAGAGGUCAAAGUUAAGAAACAUCAAUGCUGUUCUUGGCGCCUUUUGUGAAGCUCGCAUGUCAAAGAGGCAAAGAAAGAGCUGCUGGGAAACUAACCAAAGAGGUUGA